AUGGCUCGUGGUCUCCAGCAGGUCUCCAGCGCCGCGAUGCUUCGUCCUCGGCUCCAGCAGCUGUGCCCGCGGGCAUUGGCGCGUCCAAUUGGACCGCUGAUACUACACGAUGGUCCCAUCUUCCUCACGAUAAAACAUCGCACAGCUGCGUCCCAAGCCUCGCGACCUAGACACUUCACGACAACGCGACGACAAUACCUCACCGACCCCUCCUCGACCCUCCCGAAGACCUCCAGUUCUCGACCCGAAGCAACACUACCCGUAGAUGCCGCUUCAACGACCGCCCCAACUCCCUCACACCUCGAACCACAACCGCAACCCGUCACAUCAACCCCCGAGUCCUCCUCAGACAAACCCGCCCCGCCCCGCAGGCGCCGCCGGCGCGGCAUUUACUACAGCGUGCUCUUCCUCGUGCUAGGCACCACCCUCGGCACGUUCUUCCGACUCACCAUCGCGCCACCCGCGCCGCCCGCCCGUGGCAGCACCGAAGAUGCCUACCUGCUCUCCUCGAUCCAGGCGCAAGGCGCCGCCCUCCCCCUCGUGCGCCAGCUCUCCGCCGACCCGGCCUGGACGUCCUGGGACGCGUACGGCGGCGCUUCUACUUCCCCCGACGACGAUGACGACGCAGCAUCACCAAAUAUACCCACACACAAGCGCACGCCAACAGUCGUCCGCUCGCGCAUCACCUCGGGCCCCCUGUCCGGGUCCAGCGGCCUAGCCUUCCAGCGCGUGUUCCACAACGCGCACACCGGCGAGGUGAUCAGCGUGCUCUACUUCGGGGCCGGAACGGCCGGCUGGCCGGGCGUCGUGCACGGCGGCGCGCUGGCGACCGUACUAGACGAGAGCCUGGGGCGGUGCGCGAUCCUGCGGUUCCCGAGCCGCACGGGCGUCACGGCAAAUCUAGAACUGCAGUACCGCGCGCCGACCAUGACGAAUGCGUUCUACGUGGUCCGCACGCGGCCCGCGCCGAGCGACUGGGACGAGGCCAAGAGCGAGCGCAAGAUGUGGGUGCAGGGCACCCUGGAGGACGCGAAGGGGGGCCGCGUGUGCGUCGAGGCCAAGGCGCUGUUCGUGGUGCCCAAGGGCUUCGAGCUGAAGCCGCUUGUGAAGGACUUUUAG